AUGGGUCUCCUGGAGCUGGUGGCCUCAAACAUUGUUUUGCGAAUCGUUCGAUUGGCUAGUGACUUUGUGCUGUUGGGGAUCUUCAACUUCAUCAAGAAGAAAAUUCAGCAAAUGGCGUUCCUGAGGCUUCUGGUGUUGCUGGUCGUUGGUGUUGUGGCUGCUGGGGCGGACUGCGGUCCCAAAGACGGGGCGUUCAUGUGUCGGGACGUCUGCGGCGAGGAGGUGAGGGGCGCCGGCGGCUACGGGCGCCACGUGACAUUUGUCGGGGCGACGCUGUUCUUGGACUGCGUCAGGCAGGCGGACCUCAAGGAGGUGAAGCUGCUGUCGCCGACGGUCUGCGUCGGGCGUUGGGCCAACAUGGAUUGUGUCGUGACACCUUGGAGGUGGUGCGAGGAAGUUGUGCCACCCGAGCCGGAGGUCUUGACGGCGGCAGUUCUGCUGGUGGUUGAUAUUAAUAAAAAUUUUGUAUGUACUGAUGAGCCUCGCCCAGUGGCGCCAACGGCCAACCUGGCGGUCGUCCACGUGCCGGCGAGCAAAACGCCUUUCAUGGUUCGGGCGCCGCCCUCAACGCAGCAAAGCGUCGUGGUGGCCCAAGAGGUGCCACACGUCAUCAAGGCACCGUCGUCAAUGCCGGAGGUGACGGUCAACAUCAAACAUGGUGUUGCACACGUCGAGGCGGACGUGGACCCUCGGACGGCCAUGGUCCUGGUUUUUAUGGGCCUUGGUGGGGCUGGAGCCACAUCUAUGGCUGUCUUUUUGGUUUGGCUUGUCAAGUUCAUCAGGAACAAGUCAUCGUACAUGAGGGAGUUGGUGCGCAUGCUGACGCCUGAGGAUCAGCAGGAUCCGGAAGCCCAGCCAGUGGUAGAUCUGUUGGGGCUGGAAGAGACGGAUAAGCCCGUCAAAAACGUCAAGGAGGAAGAAAUGGUCCUUGAGGACACUAAUCCGUUUAAAGAGAUGUUGGACGCGCAGUAUCCAAAUUCCUUUUCAGAAAGUGAUCAGCAAAUGGACAAGAUUCCUGUGGAGGAGUCCAUCUCUAAUCUA